AUGAACGAUUCACUAUCCAACCCCUUUAGCAUCACCUACCCCACCGCCGUCCAGACUUCCCUCCACUCCGGAGCCCUCUUCGCGCGCUUCGACCCCUCAGGCCGCUUCGUCGCUGCGGGGCGCAACGACGGCACCGCCGUCGUCUGGGACCUCGACACGCGCGCCGCCGUGCGCUGGCUCGAGGGCCACGUCAAGGGCGUCACCAGUGUAGACUGGUCAAGACACUCCCGCUUCGUGCUGACCGCUUCCAAGGACUGGAACCUCGUCGUGUGGGACCUCGCGUCGGAGACCGACCCACCAAGGCGGCACGCGACGGUCAGGUUCGACGCGCCGAUUGCCUCGGCGUGGUUCCACCCGCGGAAUAGCCAGAUCAUGCUCGUCCUUCUGGCAUCGGGCGACGCCUACGUCGUGGAUCUGCGCAAGUCCCAAAGGAGCAGGGUCGAGCUGUGCGAGCCGCAGGAGGACGAGGACGAAGAGGCCCAGAUGCACCGCCCGCGGUCCGCGAUUACCGUCGCGCGCUUCGACCCCUCCGGGAAGCACAUCUUCGCGGGGACCUCGACCGGGUCCGUCCUCGUGUUCAACACGCGCACGAAGACCAUGGUCGGCCGACACAAGAUCGCCGAUAAGAUUUCCGCGGUGGGCAGCAUCCGCGGCAUCGAGUUCGCCAAGUCCGGGCGGCGGAUGGUCACCAACUCGACCGACCGCACGCUCCGCCAGUUCAGCGUGCCGACGUACUCCGACCAGUGGUGCCUGGAGUGUGAGAUCGAGCCCAUCCACCGCUUCAACGACCCCAUCACGAAGACGGCAUGGCACGCGAUGUCGUUCAGCCCCGACGGGGAGUGGCUCGCGGGAGGUGCAGCGGAUCCCGCGGCGCAUAAAAUAUACAUAUGGGAUAUCGCGAAUGAUGGCCAGUUCGCGAAUACGCUGGAUGGCGGGCGGGAGCCCCUGGUGUAUGUGCACUGGCAUCCCAGUAAACCUGCGAUAGCCUCCACCACGAAUCUCGGGAACAUCCUCAUCUGGCACAUCCCCGUGCAAGAAAGAUGGGGAGCAUUCGCCGGUGGCUUCGAGGAGAUAGACGUGAACGUGGAGUACGAGGAACGGGAAGACGAGUUUGACAUUGAGGAUGAAGAAGAAAUGGCAAAGAGAAAGAUGAAGGAGGAGGAGCAGGAGGUGGACAUUGCUGGGGUAGAUGGUGGCGGUGCGCAGCCUAAUGGUGUCCGGAUAAAUGGGGAACAUGACGAAGAUAUCCUAUGGGCUGACGAGGAGCCUGAUGAGGACAUGGAGGGGUGGAAGAUGAAGAUAUUGAUUGAGGAUGACCAGGAUGGCAUAUAGUUUUGCUGGUGACUCUAUUUUGGGCAGUUUGGGAUGUGAUCCUUGAUCUCUGCCUGUUUUGGCCCUGUGCUAUGCUGAUACUAUAUUUAUAUGGUGGCAGGAGGAUCUUGGAGGUUGCAGACCAAGCGCAGAUCACUCACAAGGUGUGGUGCAGCUAGUUCACAUUUGCAAUCCCCUCCAAGUGUAAUGUGCAUCUAUGCCUGUUAGCAGUACUGGGUGUAACUUGGGGGAAAUACAGCAUACGCAGCAGGCUCGAAGGUCUGUGCCUGGUACCCC